AUGGUCACCGGCGAGGCUCGCGGCGGUCCUGCCAGCUUCCACUCCAGCUACAUGCGUGCCACCCCAAGCGGCUUGGCCUACGGCUACACCCACCUCAACCAGAGUGGCGGCGGUGGCGGCAGCAGCGGCGGCGAGAACCCGUACGUCCACGUCGCUCCGCUGAAUGCCCCCGCGCCGUCCAGCAGGAGUGAGUACUAUCGAGGUCCGAUGGAUAGGAUAUGCGGCGCCUUGAACCGCUGUGGGAAGAGGUUCAAGACGCUUUACGCGAAGCGGAGACGCUCGCGGACAAUGUCUGGCAUCACCGUUUCGCCUUCUACAGCAUCUCUUGACAUUGAAGCAAGGUCUGCACAGACAAUUGAAAAUGAAGCAUCUAUUCAUCCAUCUUUAGCAAUAUCUGAGAGACCUAUGCUCUCAGAAUCACCUAUUCCGGCAGGAAAUUCGCCUACUGCAUCACAGGAUGAUGUUAUACCUGUACCAGUUAAUCCUCAACUUGACAAAUUAGAUAAGAAGAGGACCUUUCGCGUUUUCAAUCGGAUAACUGGAAGCAUGAGCAUUGAGGAAGUGCGGGCGGAGGAGCAAUUUGACAGAAGCGACCCACAGGAGGGGCGUAUCGAGCCUGACGACGUGAAAAGAAUCAUGCCAUGGUGGAAACAGAUCACGGUCAGGGGAAUUGUCACUAGCACAGCCAUAGGAAUCAUCUACAGCGUGAUAGGGACGAAGCUGAACCUCACCACGGGUCUAGUCCCGAACCUUAACGUCUCAGCUGCGCUCCUCAGCUUUGUGUUCAUCCGGACUUGGACUAAGCUGCUACACAAGGCCGGAAUUGUGACAACCCCAUUCACCCGGCAGGAGAAUACUACCGUUCGAACCUGCGCAGUUGCUUGCUAUGCCAUUGCCUUCGGAGGUGGUUUCGGUUCUUAUCUGUUGGGCCUAAACAGGAGAACAUAUGAGCUGGCCGGUGUGAAUACGCCUGGGAAUAAUCCCAAGGGCAUUACGGAACCCAGCAUUGGUUGGAUGACCGGCUUCCUAUACGUGACUAGCUUCGUGGGGAUUACGGCUUUGGUUCCUCUGAGAAAGAUAAUGAUAAUAGACUCCAAGCUAACUUAUCCAAGCGGAGCUGCGACUGCCGUUCUCAUAAACGGGUUCCAUACUCCUAAAGGUGACGAGAUGGCCAAGAAACAGGUCCAUGGUUUCACGAAAUUCUUCUCGUUGAGUUUCCUCUGGGGGUUCUUCCAGUGGUUUUACUCAGGUGGACCCAAAUGUGGAUUUGCCCAAUUUCCGACAUUCGGGUUGAAAGCUUGGCAACACUCGUUUUUCUUCGACUUCAGUACGACGUAUGUCGGGGCUGGGAUGAUCUGUCCGCAUCUAGUGAACUUGUCUUUGCUUCUCGGCGCGGUUCUCUCUUAUGGAAUAAUGUGGCCCCUCGUAGGUGGGCUUAAAGGUAAGUGGUACCCUGAGACGUUGAAGGACAGCAGCAUGAAGAGUAUAACUGGCUACAAGGUCUUCAUUUCUAUCUCUCUAAUUCUUGGUGACGGCCUCUACAAUUUCCUCAAAAUACUGUUUUUCACUGCCCGAAGCCUCCACGCCAAAUUGAACAUGAAGAACAAUAAAACACUUCCUGAGAAUGAAAACCAGUCUCUUGAUGAUCUUCAGCGUAAUGAAGUUUUCUUGAGAGAGAGAAUUCCCCUGAAGUUGGCUUUGUUCGGGUACAUUUUCUUCUCCAUCAUCUCCAUCAUCGUGAUCCCUCUCAUCUUCCCUGAGCUCAAGUGGUAUUACGUGGUCGUCGCAUAUAUUCUCGCACCGUCCCUUAGCUUCUGCAAUGCGUACAGUGUGGGCCUUACUGACAUGAACAUGGCUUCCAAUUAUGGACAAGUCACACUCUUUGCGCUCGCCGCGGUAACAGGGAAGGAGUCUGGGGUAGUUGCGGGGCUUGUUGGGUGUGGCCUGAUUAAGUCGAUUGUGUCCAUCUCUUCGGAUUUGAUGCACAACUUCAAGACCGGCCAUCUAACCUUCACUUCUCCACGAGCAAUGCUUCUCAGCCAGGCACUCGGCACUGCUAUAGGCUGCAUAGUUGCUCCCCUUACAUUCUUUCUGUUUUACAAGGAUUUCAAUAUCGGGGAUCCGAACGGAGAAUAUCCAGCUCCUUAUGCCCUCGUUUACCGGAACAUGGCAGUUUUGGGCGUAGAAGGCUUCUCUGCCCUUCCAAAACACUGCUUGCAGCUGUGUUACGGCUUCUUUGGCUUUGCCGUGUCGGCCAAUUUAGCAAGAGACCUUUUGCCAAAAAACAUCGCGAAAUGGGUGCCCCUCCCCAUGGCCAUGGCCGUGCCUUUCCUCGUUGGGGCCAACUUUGCAAUCGACAUGUGCUUGGGGAGCCUGAUCGUUUUCGUGUGGCACAAGCUGAACAGCAAAAACACGGCGCUUAUGGUUCCCGCAGCAGCUUCUGGUCUGAUAUGUGGCGAUGGACUGUGGAUUCUACCUUCGGUGAUCCUUGAUCUGGCCAAGAUUCAGCCUCCAAUAUGCAUGAACUUUUUGAAGGGAGAGUAGAUUUCAGAUCGAAGGGUCAAAAAGUUUUGUUAAGUUUGGUUUUUCUUAGUAAAGCUUAUGGCAGAAUCAGACCUAGUAUGGCAAGUUUUCAAGCACAUAAGGUAGAAAAAAUGAUAGCUCAUCAUUCGUAGAUGACAAAGCAAAUAGAGAAUGUAUCAGCAUCAUGAUGAAUAAGGUUGAUAUUAUUGCUUCAGUGUGAGUAUAUGAGUCUGAAAA